AUGGCGAGAACAACUGGGAAAAGGGUUAGAGAGGAGUUCGUUUCUUCAGAUGAGGAAGAGGCAGUAGAUAUCGCAGGUAACAUUGCCCUAGAUGGGGAUGAAAGCAGCUCGAGCGAAUCUGAAAGCGAGGUUGAAGGUAAUGGAAUAUUGCAGGAUGUUGUUGAAUUCAGCGACGAUGAAGAAUCGGAGCAAAAGAAGAAUAAUAAGAACAAGAACAAGAAGGACAACGACAAGAAACAAACCCUGAGCUUUCCCAGUCUCGAACUUUCAGAUGAAGAGGAUGGCGGAGAUGCUCAACAGUCAAGAGAUGGUGAAGACGACGUGACAGAGUACUUUUCUACCAACAGCAACGCCAACGCCAAGCACAAAAAAGGAUCCUUUGCCAGUUUUGGACUCUCCAAACUGGUGCUAUCCAACAUCACCAAAAAGGGUUUCCGUCAGCCCACGCCGAUCCAGCGGAAGACCAUUCCCUUGAUCUUGCAAAAGCGUGAUAUCGUGGGUAUGGCGAGAACCGGGUCCGGUAAAACUGCUGCAUUCGUGCUGCCUGUUAUCGAGCGUCUCAAGUGUCACUCGGCUAAAAUCGGAGCUAGGGCAGUUAUCUUGUCGCCUUCAAGAGAGCUGGCCAUGCAAACACACAAAGUUUUCCGCGAAUUUUCGAAAGGCUCCGAUCUUCGCAGCGUCUUGUUGACUGGUGGUGAAUCUUUAGAGGAACAGUUCGGAAUGAUGAUGUCAAAUCCUGACAUUGUUAUCGCGACGCCAGGUCGUUUUCUGCAUUUGAAAGUUGAAAUGAACCUCGAUCUCAAAUCUAUGGAGUACGUGGUCUUCGAUGAAGCAGAUAGAUUGUUCGAAAUGGGUUUUGAGGAGCAGUUGAGCGAGUUACUUGCUGCAUUUCCAACCAACAGACAAACUCUUUUGUUUUCAGCUACUUUGCCUGCGUCCUUAGUUAACUUUGCGAAAGCAGGGCUCUCGAAUCCGGUUUUGGUGAGGCUUGAUGCCGAGACGAGAGUCUCGGAAGAUUUGGAGAUGCUUUAUUUGUCUUCUAAGAAUGAAGAAAGAGAGGCUAACCUUUUAUAUCUUUUACAAGAAGUUAUGCAAAUUCCUGUUGCAACGGAAGAAGAGCUACUGGAGUUCAAAAAGAAUUCCAAAUAUGAAGAUGAUAGCGAUGACAGCGACAGUGAAAAAAGCAAAUCGAAGCGGAGCAAGUUCAAGAAAAAGACGGGGCCGCGGAAAAGACUUCCAGCGGCGAACGAAUUACCGUCUGAGAAGGCUACUAUUGUUUUUGCGCCAACAAGACAUCACGUUGAGUAUAUUUCUCAAUUGCUAAAAAACUGUGGGUAUUUGGUUUCAUAUUUGUACGGUACACUUGAUCAGCAUGCGCGUAGACAACAGCUUUUCAACUUUCGCGCAGGUUUUACCACCAUCUUGGUGGUAACGGAUGUGGCCGCAAGAGGUGUGGAUAUUCCUAUGCUGGCGAACGUGGUCAACUACUCUCUACCAGCAUCUUCUAAGAUAUUUGUCCAUCGUGUUGGUAGAACUGCGAGAGCGGGUAACAAAGGUUCGGCGUAUUCCAUCGUAUCCGAUAAUGAGUUGCCAUACUUGUUAGACCUAGAACUGUUCUUGGGAAAGAAGAUUUUACUAACACCCAUGUUCGAAGCCACCACAGAGAUGAUGAAAGCUAAGUGGGUUGCUGAAGGUAAUUCGGAGCUAACAUUCAAACCACCUAAAGUUUCUUACACAAAUAGAAUGGUCCUUGGAGCGUGCCCAAGGCUAGAACUAGAGACUUGUGGUGAUUUAUUCAAAAGUUUGCUGCAAGCAAGCUUCGAUUUGCAGCAGUUAAAGGCUGUCGCUCUCAAGGCUGAGAAGCUGUACUUUAGAACGCGCCCUUCUGCUUCCCCAGAAUCGAUGAAAAGAUCAAAGGAAAUUAUAUCUUCCGGUUGGGAUGAGCAAAACCUGAAGUUUGGGAAAAACGCUGAGAAGGAAAUGCUCGAUUUCCUCGCAAAAUUACAGGACAGGAAUCAUAAAGAAACGGUUUUUGAGUUUGCUCGUAAUCACGAUGAUGAGAUGGCGAUGCUCAUGAAAAAGAGACGGAGACAAAUAGCGCCUAUUCAGCGCAGAGCUCGUGAAAGGAAAGAGCUAAUAGAGAAGGAAAGAAUGGCGGGCUUGAGACAUACCGUAGAAGAUGAAAUUUUGAAGGGGGACGAAAACGAGGUUGGCUACUCUGUUCCCGAGGAAGUUCUCAAUCGGGAGUUUGAAGACGCAGACGAAUUGCUAGGAAAGCAGAAGUCUAAGACUUUCAAGGAUCCCAGUUUCUUUAUGUCUCAUUAUGCCCCUGCUAGUACUAUUCAGGACAAGCAGCUCGAAUUGACGAAUGGGUUCAGCAAUGAUGCGGCCAGUGCCACUUUCGACCUUCAUAACGAUGACAAGAUCCAGAACCACAAGCAAGUGGCCACAGUGAAAUGGGACAAGAAGCGUAAGAAAUACGUCAACUCUCAAGGUUUGGAUAACAAGAAGUACAUUAUGGGUGAAAGUGGUCACAAGAUUCCGGCAAGUUUCCGGUCUGGAAAGUUUGACGAAUGGGCAAAAGCUCGGAAGCUGGGUCCCGUAAAAGUUGGCACUCGGGAGUCCUCUUCCACGUCGAAAAUGCUCAGCAAUCCAACCGGGCCCGACUCUCAGCAACGUUCUAUUGGUGGUAGAUUCAAGCACAAGAAGGUCAAGGCCCCUAAGUUGCCCGACAAAAACAGAGACGACUAUCACUCUCAAAAGAAAAAAGUGGAAAAGGCAAUCAGCAGUGGUAUUCCUGUCAAGGGCUUCAACAAGCCUGGCUCUACUAGUGAAUUGAAGACUACUCAACAGAUUUACAAAGAGAGAGUUGCUAAAGAGCAGAGAAAAGCCAAGAACGCCCGUCCGAGCAAGAAAAGGAAGUACUGA